CAAAACAUAGAACUCCACAAAAACAGUGUUGGGCAAGCAAAGCAUAAGAGCGAGCGUAGAUGGAGAAUAUCAAGUUCGCAUCUUUGACACUGUCUCCUCCUUCUCGACGCUCUGGGAUGCUGGGGAAACAGUUGAAUUCCCCCCUACUUACUAUUGAUUCUGCAGCACAGUUCUUCUAUUGCAAGGCUGAUCUUUCUGCUGCCUCAUCAAGUAUUCCACUGCCAAUUAUCAGAUUUCCUUGUAGAUUGUCACCAAGUGUAGCAAAAGCAACAUGGACCUCAAAUCUUUCUUUCAAGCAUUGGAUAUUGCAUUCAACUGCACAGAUAGAAAAUAUAAUCACAAGUGAUGAAGAUCAGAGUAUGUGGGAAGCAUGUAGACAAGCUCUUUCUGCAUUUAACUUUAGCGAUGAAGAAAAGGACAAGAUACUUGGAAAAGCAUUUGGUCUUGUUCAUUCACCUUAUUGGGGAGAAGAACGUAAGAAGGAAAUUCCCAAAUUUGAGACGGUAAAUGGAAUAUUAGACUAUCUGAGGAGUUUAACUCUUUCUGACGAUGAUAUGUCCAAGUUGCUCAAAAAGUUUCCAGAAGUUCUUGGAUGUAAUUUAGAGGAAGAUUUGAAAGGUAACGUAAAGAUCCUAGAGGAGCAGUGGGGUAUUAAAGGAAAAACUCUUAGAAAUCUCCUCCUUCGAAAUCCAAAAGUUUUGGGUUAUAAUGUUGAUUGUAAGGGAGACUGUAUGGCUCAAUGCACUAGAUGCUGGGUUCGUUUCUAGGUCAUUGGAUGAGAUGUAUGUAUUUGUAAAAUUAGUUCACUUCAGCAUAACUUCUUUGUUCAUUCAUCCACCUCUCCAACUUAAAUAGAAGACAGAGUUGUAUGUAACUAAAGGUUCUCACUUUUUGGGUACUACGUGGCAAUAAUAAUUCACUCCCAAGUUUGAAGAGUUACACUUAGCAAGUAUGCUUAUGAUUUAGAUACUACUGUGAAUUGUUGAAGUGUCCAGACCAUGGAAUGGAGCAACUCAUAGUAAGGUUGUUUAUAAAUCAUGUUCUUUAGUCCAAAGAAGUUUUAUUGUUCUUGAUCUCUUAUAUUGUUAUUUUUGCUCCUAAAGUUGAUAUAAUUACACCUCUUAUGUAAAUCUCCACUCCCUCAAGUCAUUGAUGAUGUCAGACAGGAUUUAUUAUUUGAGUUCCAACUUCCAUGUCUCAGAUAUUAUCAGGAUGUAGUUUAUGUUUUUAUUUAUGUUUUGGAGUUUCAAUA